AUGACAGAGAUAAAGCAUUUCCAAUUUCAUCAUGUUGAAUAUUUGGUUUUGAAAAUGCUUAGUAUUUACAUUGGUAGUGACAAAGCUGGUUGUUAUUGCAUCGCAAUUGACCCAACAGGCAGAGAAAAGACACAAAUUGCUAAGGUUUCUCCAAAGCAUGUCUGCAAAUAUUGGAUGAAUGGCGAUUGUGUUCGUGGUGAACAUUGCCGGAAUUUACAUUCCUGGUUUUAUGGUGAUGGCUUUGCCACAUUAGUAAAGCUUCAAGGACACAAGAAGCUUGUCAUUGGAAUUGCACUUCCACAUGGAUCAAACAAACUUUAUUCUGGCAGCACCGAUGGGACACUUCGGACAUGGGACUGUGUUACUGGUCAAUGUACUAAUUUGACGAAUCUUGGUGCUGAAGCUACCUCUUUGAUCAGUGAGGGCCCGUGGAUUUUUGUUGGUCUGCCUAACAUUGUCAAGGCAUGGAAUAUGCAAACUGCUUCACAUUUAACUCUCGAUGGACCUAAGGGACGAGUCCUUGCCAUGGUUGUUGGCAAUGAUACACUCUUAGCUGGAGCAGAGGCAGUUCUAAAUCCAAUUCCCCUUUUGAACUGGUUGCAUCACUACGCGGACACACUAAAUCUGUUGUUUGCCUGGCUGUUGGAUGUAACAAGAUGUUGUACUCAAGAUCCAAGGAUCAAAGCAUCAAGGUUUGGGACCUAGACAAAUUUGAGUGUAAAAUGACACUCAAUGCGCAUACAGGAGAAGUCACAUCCCUUAUUUGUUGGGACAAAUUCUUGCUAUCCGGUUCAUCAGACUGCACUAUCAAGACUUUGCUUGAUAAGAUGAAGUCGGUGUACACGAAUGUAGAAGGUCUUCCUCCGGAUCGAAUUGUGGAAAGCAAUUGCUUCUCCAGGGCGUGGUAUUUUGGCCAUGGAUGAAUCCAAUGCUACAUGUGGAAAGCGGUUGGAUUCAAUUGGACUAGAGAACACCGAAGCUAACCGUCAAGUAUGGCGUAAAAUUAUAUAUGAAGAAAGUGUUAUGACUUGGUUAAAAUAUAAUUUUUAUGUGUAUGAUUUUAUAGUACUUGAAAUAUUAUGAAUGCACAUGAUUUUGUAUA